CUAAGCAAAAAUAAAAACAAAGCAUCUAAACAAACGAAUGUUAACUAAGGAAUCUUUUUAAUUUGUAUUAGUUUUUCUUUUUUUUUUGAACAAAUGGAACAAACAGCUAAACCAAAACGUUCUUUCAAACGGCCAUUUGCCUUUCCCAAAAACUGUGUCUACCGCCCUCUGCGGCAAAUCAGUAAUAUGGAAAAAAAUCAAAAACAAUCCUCCGAUACGCCGACCUAUUUCACACUUAAUGCACCGCCCUCGUUAAUACCAGCCAAGAAGUAUUCCGAUAUAAGUGGAUUACCGGCACCCUAUGCCGAUCCGCAUACAAAAUUACGUUAUGCCAAUGCCGAGGAAUAUGCCUCCAUGCAGCACAUGCCAUCGGAUAUAAUUAAUGGUUAUCUGACUGUGCGUGGUUAUACAAGUGCUGUGGGUUAAUCCCAACCGAUGAGGGGAGGGGAGUUGAGGGGCCAGUCAACCUAUAUACCAAUGUACAUAUGCAUAAAUUAGAAAGAAUUCUCAUAAAUAUUCAUCGUCGAACCACAACUAAAGGGGGCAUUAGGAAGUUGUAUGUACUUGUACUUGAAAUUAUCAUUACCCCUACCCUCCCUCUCCCCCACAAUGGAGCCUGAAUGACAGCAUGGCAAUUAAUUAGCUCGAAAAACCACCAUAAAAGUAAAUUUUCGUAACGACCUUCCAAUUUAAAAUUAACCAAAAUGUAAACAAACGCGUAUAAUAGAAUGAGACAACAGCAAAAGUAAGAAAGAGUGCGAAAA